AUGGCGCCAACUGAGUAUCCCUACGAUCUAGGCACCCAUCAUACGACUGUCGCCACCUCGAGUAACUCUGCCCAAAGAUGGUUUGACCGCGGCUUGAUUUGGACUUUCGCCUUCAACCACGAAGAAGCCAUCACAUGCUUCCAAUGCGCCGUCGAGGAAGAUGCCGACUGUGCUAUGGCAUAUUGGGGUCUCGCAUAUGCUUCUGGCCCGAAUUACAACAAGCCCUGGGAGUUUUUCGACGACGAUGAUUUUAUCGCAAGCGUCAGAAAGGCGAACACUGCGGCUGUCGAAGCGCGAGAAAGAGGNAAAUCUGCCUCAUUGCUCGAGCAAGCUCUCAUCGAGACGCUACAAUCGCGCUACCCGUCCGAUCUGUCUCGAAGGUAUGACCAAGAUGACUUCGGAUCAUGGAAUCAGGCGUAUGCCCAUGCCAUGAGAAAGGUGUAUGUGCAAUUCCCUGACAAUCUCGACGUCGUGACAUUGUUUGCCGACGCUCUGAUGAAUGUCACACCGUGGGCGUUGUGGGACCUAAAGACUGGUGAGCCCGCUUUAGGUGCUCAUACAACAGAAGCAAAGGACGUGUUGGAUCGUGUACUGGUUGGACCUGCCUCCGACCGGCAUCCUGGACUCUUGCACAUGUACAUUCAUUUAAUGGAGAUGUCGAGCACUCCAGAACUAGCCUUGCCAAAGGCCAACCUCCUUCGCGGCCUCGUCCCAGAUGCUGGCCAUUUGCAUCACAUGCCUACGCAUCUGGACAUUCUAUGCGGUGACUACGAGUCUGCUGCCGUUUGGAACCUGGAAGCUAUCAAGGCGGAUGAGAAGUUCUUAGGUCGAGCUGGUCCAGUCAACUUCUACACACUCUAUCGGUCGCACAACUAUCACUUUCGUAUCUACGCUGCAAUGUUCGCUGGACAAUCAAAGAUUGCCUUGGAAAGUGCUGUCGAUCUUGAAGCGUCUUUGCCCGAGACCUUGCUCCGAGUCGCAUCUCCNCCAAUGGCUGAUUGGCUCGAAGGAUUUUUGUCUGUACGUGUACACGUGUUGAUCCGCUUCGGGAUGUGGGAGAAGAUUCUGGCUCUAGAUCUCCCAGCCGACGAGAAGCUGUUUUGUGUCACUACAGCUUUCAUACUCUAUGGACGAGGAAUUGCUUUUGCCGCCACCGGUCAAGUCAAAGCCGCUAGAGAUGCGCUGCAGGAGUUCGAAGCAGCUCUCAAUAAGGUGCCGGUAUCACGUAUGCUCUUCAACAACAGAUGUGUCGACAUACUCCAAGUAGCCAGAUUAAUGUUGUACGGAGAAGUCGAAUACCGCGACCGCAACCCUGACAAGGCUUUCGAGUACUUGAAGAAAGCUGUCGAACUUGACGACACCUUACCAUAUGAUGAACCAUGCGGAUGGAUGCAGCCCACCAGGCAUGCACUUGGUGCUUUGUUGCUCGAGCAAGGCAAGAUAGAACAAGCCGAGAAGGUGUUCAAGGCUGAUCUUGGUUUGGACAACACUCUCCCUCGUGCCUUACAGCAUCCGAAAAACGUUUGGUCUUUGCAUGGGUAUCAUGAAUGUCUUGUCAAACUCGGAAAGGUCGAAGGAGCAAGAGAAAUCGAAGGUCAACUAGCAACGGCAGUGGCAAAGGCAGAUGUACCAAUCAAGUCUUCUUGCUUUUGUCGCAAUGGACGAUGA